AUGGUGCACACAACCAGUUGUGAAAUAGAACUUGGUGUGCCUGCAAGCGCAGUAUGGAAACUUUUUACAAAGGACUUGAUAGACGUACUUCCCAAACUACUGCCCAACAUUUUUACCUCCAUUGAACUCCUGGAAGGAGAUGGCGGUGUUGCAACUCUCUUUCUCUCUAAUUUUGGUCCAGCUGUUCAUAAGGGAAUGACUUACCAGAAGGAGAAAGUGGUUGAAAAGGAUGAAGGAAAACACAUUAUAGCAUUGGAGGUGAUUGAAGGAGGGCACAGACAAAUGGGAUUUAGCUAUUACAAAACAAGGUUUGAGAUGAAGGACAAGGGGGAGUCUUCGUGUGUUAUUCAUUGCAAUAUUGAAUAUGAGACGGUUAGUGGGGAGCCUGUUACCACACUUACAGCUGAUGCAAAAACAGGUUUCUUUGAUUCAUCAAAGAAUGAUGAGAUAUCUAGGGUUGAUUUUUGUUAG